AUGGUGACACCGACGGAAGAGGCUGCAGCAGCACCCCCGCCGCCCUGCUGGCUUGCAGUUGCAGGCUUCUUCACAAGGGGGAGGAUUCGGGAACCGAAGGACCUCCCCUCCGACAGAUUUUAUGAGAUAAGGACGCUGGAUUUGGAUGAGAGAGGAAGCCAGCUGUGGCCGCCACCGCCCACGGCGCCGGAGGCCGCCUAUCCUGAGAGACCUGGGCGACCGAACUGCGACUUCUACAUGCGCACCGGAGCCUGCCUCUACGACUCCUCCUGCCGCUACCAUCACCCUCGCGAUCGCUUAGCGGGCAAAAAAGAGUGUUCCUUCUACAUGAGGACAGGGCAGUGUAAGUUUGGAAGAACCUGUAAAUUCAACCACCCAGAAGACUAUGUUUCUUCCAGAAUUCUUCAGUCCUCUGUACUGCCUCAGACAAACUUGCAGAGCUCUUUUGCACCCAUGCAAAAUCUUGGACCGAACAGUUUCAUGGCCAGCAACUUAAAUGCUCCUCCUACACAGCACAAUAAUAUUGCUCUUCGGGAACAUUCACAAUUUGGUUCAGGGAUGCCCUUUGCUACCUACAUUGUUCCUCAACUAAAUUUGGGUGUGUCUGAUCAUGAUGAUUAUAAAGAGUUUUAUCCGAGAGUGGCUUCCUCGAUCGACCAGUCCAGUGAUGAUCAGAUCGAACACAUGCUCCCGGACACUCUCGAUCUCGAGUACCCGGCAUUCGAGAAGGAAAGUUUCAGAAGAGAUUGA